UUUCGCAGUUUGCUUUUCGACGUGAUCCGGUACGGUCGUACAAGCACCCGGGGGUAAUAAAACAGUUCUUCAAUCACAACACGCGGAUAAGUUUUUAAUGGUUUCGGGUGUGGUGCUGCGUUUAAGCACGUAACGUAACACUGCAGGUACAGGAUAUUGCUGUCGAACGCCACCCGCAUUGGUACCGUCCAAAAAAAAAAAUUGCAUGCCCAAGGUGCGAACGAGUGCGAAUUUCAUUGAAGUGUGUUACACCAAUUAAUUACUGAGCAAAGAUAAAACCAAAGGAUACGUUACGAGAGUGAUUGCUGGCCUCGAAACGGUUCAAUUGGCUUCGAGACAAAUGUUGAAAAAUGAUAAAAACGUGACAAAACGAGUUCAAUUGCCGUGCUCUCGGGAAACAAUGCUCAUGAAAGCUUGGAAUAAUCGUUUUAUCUAGGCCCUUUUAUGGAUGGACACUGGAUGAUGCUGGAAAAAAAGUGAAAAUCCAGUAAUGAACUGAUUGUGAUGACCCGAUUACAAUGGAAAACCUGCUCCGGAUCAAUCUCGUGUUGCGUUCCGGGGUGCAGCGGCAGCAGUUUGUGAUUUCAUUGAGUUGUUCCGUUAUCGGGGUACCAGCUUUAGUGGGCCAUUACUGUUGAUAAUGUGAUAAUGAUGGUUGUUGAUAUGACACACAAGUAGUUAAUAGUGCAAAAAUCCUACGACCGUUGCGUAAUGUACGGUAAGCUCGGGUGCCUGCUGGCACUUGCCAGCCUAUGGUUGGCCUACUCCGAACUCGCGCCAAAGCUGGAAACAGUGAAACAAUGGAGCCUACUGUCCUACAACUUUCCAUGGGACUAUCCGGCAUCGAACAAAGAGUUUUACAACCCUGAAAACAUUGUAGCUACCGGAAUCGAAGUAGGCUACGAUCGGAUUUUCAUCGCAACGCCUCGUCUGUUUAGCGGAGUACCGGCCACGCUGUCGUCUAUUCCACGUGGUAACCAAGGUGAUUCGCCUGCUCUUCAGGCCUUCCCCGAUUGGACGCAUCACACCGCCGGAACAAAGCAGUACAACUGCUCCGAUAUCGGGCUCGUGUCCGUUUACCGAAUUCGGAUCGACUCGUGCAAUCGGUUGUGGGCGCUGGAUGCCGGUGUUUCAAGAUCGCUCGAAGAUUUCGAGGUUACCUGUCCCCCGAAGAUUUUGGUAUACGAUCUACACUCGGAUCGAGUGGUGAGACGGAUUGAUUUUCCGCCAGAGGUCAUUCGACGGGAAUCGUUGUACACAAACAUCAUCAUUGAUGAAACGUCCUCAAGGCCGGAGAACAAUUGUGACGAUGUGUUCGUCUACAUUACGGACACCGUUGCUCCUGGUAUCGUGGUGUAUGACAGUGGAAAAGAUCUGACUUGGCGAGUUAGCCAUCCAUCCAUGUAUCCGGAUCCUGACUUUGCCGAGUCAACUAUUCUGGAACAUCGUUUCACGCUUAUGGAUGGCAUCGUAGGAUUGGCGUUUGACCAAGAAGCUGGCAUAAUUUACUUCCAGCCUUUGGCCACCGAUAGAGUAUUCUCUGUAACAACUGCUGCACUUCGAUCCGGUCCCUUGGCAUUCGGGCAAGAUCUGCCCGUGAAACUAGUGGGUCGCAAAUCUUCUCAAGGCAUUGGAUUAGGCGCUUCUCCAAGAGGUGGAACUCUGUUCUAUGCACCGCUAACAGAGACAGCUGUGGCUUCAUGGAAUCCUCGAACUAAUGAUCAUCAGAUUUUGGCUCAAGAUCAAGAAAGACUACAGUUUACUGCUGAUCUUCGCACUCCAGCUCGAGACGGAACUGCUCUUUACAUUCUUACCUCGAGGUUCCACCGGUUCUUCCUGAAAAAUGUGGAUGCUAACGAAUUCAACACUCGAAUUCUGCGGAUUGAUGGAGUCGUUUCCUCUGGUAAACCCAACCAACUGGCGGAACCGGCGUACAGACCGACAAUCGAAGCCAAUUCACCUUACUACAGUCUUCCAGUGGUGACACCACCACCACCCCCAUCACCUUCUCCGUUUAAACCCCUACCGCAAACCAUUCCCGUUACUAAAUAUUAUCCACAGAAACCAGCCAACAUGAACACGUACGCCUUCGUUCAGAAUUAUCUGGCUAACAGUAAACAACCGUACCCCUACGAACCGGUUCCAGUAAUCGACAGAACAAAAAUCAAUCCGUUCUUCACCCUUAACAGUGGCGAAAAACCGUUCCCGCCGAUGCGUCCCCGGCCCCAGUACGGUUUAAACGGGGAAAUUUUCUUCCCGAAAGUGAACCACCACUUCAACGACUUCAACGGACUGCGGUAUGCGAAAAGUUUACGGGCUAACAUGACGGUGACAGUCUGAAUGCUGCUGAACGCACCGAAACUCACUUCUCAGCGCCUACUUUGUCCCUUUUCCAAUCGUUCGUGGAAAACGGUCCUAAAAUAGGUCUCUGACACGCACACUAGCUCCCUCACGUGUAAAUAUUACAACACAAAAACAACAAUGCUCAUCAUUUGAGAAACAUUCGCAGGCUGGAACAGUUUAGGGUCUUAGAUAUUUCUCCCUUCCUGUUGAUCCCGUAAACAUUCCCACUCAUUAAACAAUACUCAUUUAUUUCGGUGAUUGCUACUCACAAUCACUUUUUUCUAGUGAUUUUCGUUUAGUUCUAUUUUUUUUUAAAUUUUUCUAUCUCUCUGUGUUUGCAUUUGUUAAGCCAUAGUUGAAUGCAUUUUGUCUUGCCUAGUGAUCACUAGAAUCAACCACCGUCCUAAAUCUCGGUCUGAAAUAGUAAAAAAUUGCAAAACUCGAUCCAUUUUCUUGAAAACCUAUCGAACCAAUCAACUGGUAGCAAACAUAUGUAAAUAAACCAAUAGGAAUACAAACAGUGUAAAAUUCGAUCACACACGAAAGCAAAUACUCCAGGGGGAAAAUACUUUGGAGUUUGUUGUGACCGAUUUUUUUUUAAUGAAAGCCAUGACGUGACAACAACUAGAAAAUGACCGCGAAAAAUGUAUGUCGAAAUCAUAGUAGGAAUUAGUAUACACUUGACGAAUUUAGAAUAAUGAUUUUGCGCGGAAGAAGAGAAUUAAAUUAUAUCAAAACUGGA